UUUGAACCCUAAAUUGCCAUUCCCUCUUCCUAUUCCUUUUUCCCAAACAAAUGGCUCCAUCUCACUCCUCCAUCACUUAUGUACCCCUGCUCUUUAUGCUUUUUCUGAUCACUAAUACAGCCAUAACAGAAGCACAAUCUGGAGUAUGUUAUGGAAGACUUGGCAACAACCUGCCAACCCCCACUGAAGUUGUGGCACUCUACAACCAAUACAACAUUCGCAGGAUGAGAAUCUAUGAUCCAAAUCAACAAGUUCUUCAAGCUUUGAGAGGUUCCACUAUUCAGCUACUGUUAGACAUCCCAAAGGAUAAGCUCCAAAAUCUAGCAGCUAGCCAAGACAAUGCAAACAAAUGGGUGCAAGACAACAUUAAAAACUAUGGCAAUGUCAGAUUCAGAUACAUUGCAGUGGGAAAUGAAGUGAAGCCUGAAGAGUCAUAUGCACAGUUUGUGGUGCCUGCAAUGCAAAACAUUCAAAAAGCCAUUUCUGCAGCAGGCCUUGGAAACCAAAUAAAAGUUUCCACUGCCAUUGAGUUUGGUGCCUUGGCAGAAUCAUACCCUCCAUCAAAAGGCUCUUUCAAGGCUAGUUAUAGAGCAGCAUUCCUUGAUGGUGUCAUCAGAUUUCUAGUGAACAAUAACUCCCCAUUGUUGAUUAAUAUUUACACUUAUUUCAGUUACGUUAACGACCCUAAGGUUGGUCUUGAGUAUGCUCUUUUCACUUCUCCUUCGGUGGUGGUGAACGAUGGUUCACUUGGUUAUCAAAACCUUUUUGGUGCAAUGGUGGAUGCUGCUUAUUCUGCAUUGGAGAAAGUAGGAGGAGGCUCGGUGGACAUAGUUGUGUCUGAGAGUGGAUGGCCCUCUUCUGGUGGGACUGCAACUUCACUUCACAAUGCAAGAACUUACAACACAAACUUGCUUCAGCAUGUCAAAAAUGGAACCCCAAAAAAGCCUGGUAAACCUAUUGAAACAUAUGUGUUUGCCAUGUUUGAUGAAAAUCAGAAGCACCCAGACUUUGAGAAAUUUUGGGGGCUCUUCAACCCAACUACUAAACAACUCAAAUAUUCUAUUAAUUUCAAUUAGUUAAUAGAAGCAAAAUUUAUAGGAAAUAAGGGCUAUGGUUCCAAAUAAAAAUAUUCCACAGUUGUCAUGGAAGAGGUAGAUUUGUGUGUGGAGUUUUUACCUCAAUUGUUAGAAUCCUAUUACCCCAUUUACCGGAA